AUGGCGACGCCGCAAAAGGACCCCAUCACCUGCCACGUCCUCGACACCACCGCCGGCCGCCCCGCCGCCAACAUCGCCGUGCGCCUCGAGGGUCCCGAGACGACCACCGCCGCCUCGCCGCACCGGUACACGGCCGUGACCGACGCCGACGGCCGCGUCACCCGCUGGCAGCCCGAUGACCCCUUGGCGCCACUAGCAGACGCGCUCGCCAGCGUUGGCAGCGCGACGUCGCGGUGGCGGCUGACCUUCGCCACCGAGGCGUACUUUGGCGAGGGCCGGACCUUCUUCCCCGAGGCCGUCGUUGUCUUUCGCGUGCAGCAGGGCCAGCACUACCACGUGCCGCUGCUGCUGAGCCCGUUUACGUUUACGACGUACCGCGGGAGCUAA